AUGGCUCGAGUUCAGUUUUAUUUAGUUGGAUUAUGUUUAUUAUUAAUGGCUAUUAUGACUGUGAAUGGUAGUACUACACUAAACAAGCGUGGCCUUCAACCUGUUAGUCCAACGGGUGGUAGUUCUUCUACUCGUUCACCACACUUCAUUGAAUACAUGAACGAGCCUGCAUCGCCUUCGACAUGCCAUGGAACAACGCCCUGCCAGAUUCAAUUGAUCAUCAAAGAUUACCAGAAGUCAGAAGUGCGCUCACUCGACGAGGUCAUGAAGAACUUCGUGAAGGCUGGUGAGCCAGCAACGUAUGAUUCUGAUCUUCGGGACUGUCGCGAGAAGGCGAAAACAAUAAAGGCGAAAACUCGCACGAUACCAUUGAGUGUAGAUGAAAUUGCCAUCAUUAUGUGCUAUACAAAGGCCGGUUUAUUGCAUGAAGCAGUGAACAAAGCACUCCGUAGCGGCGACACAGAAAAGCUCGCACCCUUUGCUGGCUACGUUAAUCUACUUCAUCUUGCUCUAAAGAAACUCCAAUUUCUCAAGACAACAGUCUAUCGUGGUGAAUAA